UGGCUUUAUUGUGACAGUCAGGAGCGGAAGUUAGCGUUCUGUUUAUCUCUGCUCCUCGGCUUUGUGUGAGCCACUGUCCUGCUGACACCGACCGACCAUGAUUUCCGCUCUGUGGCCUCCUCUCCUCCUCGGCCUCUCCUGGGCCGCCCUCGGUUCCGCCUCCUCCUCCUGCCGGGUCCAGAUCCCUCCUCAUGACCAGGUGGCCCGGGUGGCCCGCUUCAUCGCCCACCAGUGUGACUGGGCCUCCAUGGCCACCAUCUCCAGCCACAAGCCGGUGGAGGGUCAGCCGUUCUCCAACGUCUUCUCGGUGAGCGACGGGCCUCCCGGAACCAGCUCCGUUCCCUACAUGUACCUGACCCACAUGGAGGUGUCGGUCCAAGACCUGCAGGUGAACCCUCAGGCGUCCCUGGCCAUGUCUCUGGCCCAGACGGAUUAUUGCAAGCAGCAGGGCUUUGACCCUCAGAGCCCGCUCUGUGCUCACAUCAUCCUGUCUGGAUCCGUCGUCCAGGUGAACGGGACCGAGGCGGACUUUGCAAAGAAAGCUCUGUUCAGCCGACACCCAGAGAUGAUCGACUGGCCCACCGACCACAACUGGUUCUUUGCCAAGUUCAACAUCACUCAGGUGUGGGUGCUGGAUUACUUCGGCGGGGUGAAGACCGUCUCUCCUGACGAAUAUUUCCAGGCGGCGCCCCACAGGAAGCAUCACUGAGGGAAUCAACCUUUGACCCG